AUGGCCUUCAAACACGGGCUUAGUGAGCGCCUCGACGAGCUGCGAUUCCCUUCUCCCCGAUCCCCGCCUUCGGAAUCUGCGUUCCCCGGAUAUAGCUCGCUCUCCCCGGGUCAUUCGAACUUUGUACCGGGCUUCUCAUCUCGACCGGCGGGUGACGUUCGUGCCAAUCUGCAGCGUCGCUUCACCACCGAUUCGAGCAAGUUUUCGUCAUGGAAUUAUUUGAAUCAGGGCCCAAGUCAGGGUCCUGCACAAGAUCCUUUAGAUCUGUUGUCUUCGCAGUUUGAAAAGAAACGUCAACAUCUGGAAUACAUGCGCGAACAGAAACGCAGAUUCGAAGAAGAUAUGAGGAUGUUGGACCUGCAGCAUGAGAAGGAGAAGCUUGAGAUGGACAAGCUUGCUCGCGAUCUGGCCAAAGCUGGAAUGACUGGUCCAUCAAGUGAGCCAACAACUCCGCCAGAGUACCGCGAAAGCACCAUGUCCAAUGCUUUCAACCGCCCUGCGCGCUUCUCUACUUCCAGUGUCACCUCUUCACCUGGUUUCUUUAGCGCAUUCGCUCCCUCCAACCUGACGUCUCCUCAAGGCCCAUCUCACUCUGCACACCAGUCGGUCGACCGUUUUGCUGGUCACUCUGUUCCAGGCUCCCGUCGCAACUCUGAGAAGGACGAUUUCCUCGCUGAGCCCUCUUCGCCGUUCCGUCCGGCCCCUUCUCAUCGCUAUUCGCUGCCAUCGAGUAACCUGAAUGCUCAAAUGCGGCCCAACGUUUCCGGCUUUAACAACAGUUCUGGUAUCGACUCCUUUGCCGCCGCCAAAUACCUUUUCCCCAGCGACGAGGAAAGGUCACACGGUCCCCUUAAGGAUGUCGAUCGCUUGUCUACCCCAGAUAUCAAGAGUUACAUCAAGUUGACUGAGACGGAUGAUAAAUUUCCUACUUUGUCCCGUCGUGGUGGUUCGAACUAUCUGUCCGCUAACCCGGAUGCCCUUGAUCUUGCCAACUCGCGCACUCCUGGACCUGAGUCCUACGCCAACCACAAUCGGCACCGUUCGUCUCAUCAGAGUAUGCCGCAGAACAUCUCAGGCUUGAUGCGUAUGGAUCAACUUAGCAGCCCAGUCAAUGAUGACCACAGAAGUUCAUCCCAUGCGCCACGUCAUGUCGCUCGGCACUCCCUGGGAAGCAACAUGUCUUUCCAGGAUGAACUUCAUGAUGAGACCGCGACUCCUGUUCCGUCCAGUCGCCCAAUGCCUCAAUCCUCAUACUCGACUAACGACUUGCCUACCAUGAAGGGUAAUGGAAAUGGCAAAGCUGUCACCCCUCCGAACAACCAUGCGGACCACAUGCAUCACCACAACGCAAGCAUGGGGCGAAUUCCUCUUGGUGCAGUGAACAAUCGCCAGGGCAAAGACUCCCCAGAAGCAGAUGACACCAAGCUCCAGAACAGUGCGACAUCUCAGACAACCCUGCAAGCCAGUGCUGCUCCUUUUGGACCUCAGCUUACGUCGGCUGUUUCCAACCCCAAUGUCCCUGGCCCGGUCGCUCCAAUGGCUCUGCCUUUCCAGGUCCCGGCUUAUGGUUAUGCAAUGCAACCUUAUGCCCCCCAGAGUCACCCCGCAGGCCACAUGUCCAGCGUUUCCGCCAAUUACAAUGGAUUUUCUGCCUAUCCUGCUUCUGGAUUCCGCUUUUCUGAGAAUUCUGCUCGGGGUGGCAUGGCUACACGUCGCCAGGAGAAUGACACGAGUCAGCUUACACGAUUUGGCAAUUUCCCCUUGGAGCAUUACCAGGGUGAGUUGUACAGCUUGUGCAAGGACCAACAUGGCUGCCGUUACCUGCAGCGCAAAUUAGAGGAACGUAACCCGGAACACGUGCAGCUUAUUUUCAGUGAGACGUAUAUGCACGUCAUUGAACUCAUGACUGAUCCCUUUGGCAACUAUCUGUGUCAAAAGCUCUUGGAAUAUUCCAAUGAUGAACAGCGUACUGCUUUGAUUGAUUUUGCCGCUCCCCAGCUGGUGAAGAUUGCUCUUAACCAGCAUGGAACCCGUGCAUUGCAGAAGAUGAUCGAAUUUAUCUCGACCGCUCAACAGACUCAGACAGUCAUUCACGCUUUGCAACGGGAUGUUGUGGAACUUGUGCAGGAUCUCAAUGGAAACCACGUCAUCCAGAAAUGUCUCAACCGCCUUUCCCCCGAAGAUGCUGAAUUCAUCUACGAAGCCGUUGGUGGAAACUGUGUGGUCGUUGGUACUCACCGUCAUGGAUGCUGUGUUCUCCAGCGUUGCAUUGACCAUGCUUCUGGUCACCAAAAGGCGCGUCUGAUUUCUCAAAUCACGUCGAACUCCUUCACCCUGAUCCAGGAUCCAUUCGGAAACUACGUUGUGCAAUACAUUCUGGAUUUGGCUGAGUCUCAGUUCACCAACCCUCUUUGUCAGACCUUUGGAGGAAACAUUCCUCAGCUGUCAAAGCAGAAAUUCAGUUCUAACGUGAUUGAGAAAUGUCUUCGGACUGCCGACAAUUUCAUGAAGCGCCAGAUGAUUGACGAGAUUCUUCGGGGUAAUGAGCUUGAGAAGAUGCUGCGUGAUUCUUUUGCAAACUACGUUGUGCAGACUGCCAUGGACUUCUGCGAUGCGGAUACUCGCAACCGCAUUGUUGAGGCCGUCCGCCCUAUUCUUCCGUCUAUUCGCCAGACCCCCCAUGGCCGCCGCAUUGCUGGUAAGAUCAUGGCUGCCGACACUACCGCUAGUCGAAGCAGCAACAGCAGCACUGCCACCAGCGGCCAUGUGACCCCCAAUGAGAUGGAUAACACCUCCCAAAUCCCUAAGUCCUUACUCCAGAAGCCUUUCAUGUACCAACAGAGUGGUCAAUCCUCCGGCAUUCAUUCUCCUACCUCGUCCAGCGGAUACAGCUCUCAGACUUAUGUCCCCCACUCUUCCCAGAGUUCGGUCUCCAACACACCCUCUGGACAAAGUGAGAGCUCUUCUGUUUACUCCGCUCCAAGCUCGCAGCCAUCUGUCAAUAUCGGCUCGCAGAGUCAGCUUUUUACAUACAUCUAG